CUCUAAUCCCACGAAAAACCGCACAGCACAGAGCUCGCAGUGUGACUCUUCCAUUUUCUCUGAACUCGAAAAAGUAAAUAGUAAUAAGAAAGAAAUGGCAGCGGCAGCACCGCCACCACCUCCCUCCCCUGCUGCCAUUCCCGAGACCAUCGUUCCAGAAACCGACCCGCCCCGCCACCCACUCUUUGCCCGCAUCCGGUUAGGCACCAUUUUCGAUGUCCCCCAACUCCAUAAGCUCAUCCACCAAAUGGCCACCUACGAGCGCCUGACCGAUCAAUUCUCCGCCACCGAAGCCUCUCUCGCGUUCACUCUCUUCCCUUCCCCAAGCCCACCUCCACCCUUCACUUCCUUCACCGUUUUCAUCCUUGAAGUCUCCCCUGACCCCUUUCCACCCACUCCUCAGGACCCCUCUAAUUUUUCCCCUAUUCUCAAAACUUUCCAUCUGGACCUCCCCAUUGAGGACUCAGAGAAGGACAUUUUCCGAUCCGAAAUCGGAGGCGACGUCGUUGUGGCGGGGUUUGUGCUGUUUUUCCCCAACUAUUCGACGUUUCUGGCGAAACCCGGGUUCUAUAUUGAGGAUUUGUUCGUGAGGGAGCCAUAUCGGAAGAAAGGGUUCGGACGAAUGCUAUUUACGGCUGUGGCGGCGCAGGCGGCUAAGAUGGGAUACGGGAGGGUGGAGUGGGUGGUGCUGGAUUGGAAUGUGAAUGCUAUUCAGUUUUACGAGCAAAUGGGUGCAAAAAUCCAGCCGGACUGGAGGGUUUGUAGGUUGACCGGAGAUGCCCUCGAGGCUUUUGCUCAUCUUAACAUCUAAUCUUUUGAUAAAUUAUCCCAUGUUUCCAAUCCAUCUUUUGGAAUUUUAUUAGUUUUCUCCUUUUGUUUUGCGCUGUUUGUUUCUCCCGUUUCGGGUUUGUACGAGUAUGAUCAAUGAUGAUGACGACUUUUAUGUUUCUGAUAUCUGAAAAAAAGGUUUAAUUAAAAUGCAAUUCCCCUUUUUCAA